GAAACCCGAUUUUUCCUUGGGAAAGUUGAGUAAAUUAAGAAAUCCCAAUUGAGCUCGAGGUUGAAGGUGAUCGCGAAAUUGAGAUCUAGAAGAAAUUGAGGUUGAGGUGAGAUCGUGAAAUUGAGAUCUGAUCUAGUAAUGGCGCAAUACACGCAGCAGUUCCUGAACAGCGUGCUCUCGCAGCGGGGGCCGGCGGCGCUGCCCUACGCGGAGGACAUGAAGUGGCACAUCCGGCAGCACCUGAUGCACCUCGUGGAGGCGUACCCCUCUCUUCAGCCGAAGACCGCCGUCUUCACCCACAACGACGGCCGCGCCGUGAACCUCCUCCAGGCCGACGGCACCGUCCCCAUGUCCUUCCAGGGCGUCACCUACAACAUCCCCGUCCUCAUCUGGCUCAUGGAGUCCUACCCCCGCCACUCCCCCCUCGUCUUCGUCAAUCCCACCCGCGACAUGAUCAUCAAGCGCCCCCACCCCUUCGUCUCCCCCAACGGCGUCGUUUCCAUCCCCUACCUCCACUCCUGGCUCUUCCCCUCCUCCAAUUUGCUCGAAUUGGCCCGCAAUCUCGCCCACUUCUUCGCCCGCGAUCCCCCCCUUUAUUCCCAGCGCAAGCCUUCUACCCCUAACCCUAACCCUAGCCCUUCCCCCAAUUUAAAUCCCGCCUAUGCCUCCGUCAAUUCCUCCCCGGCGAUUCCUCCCAGGGAAUAUUCUCCCUCUCCGACCCCUCCCCCGCCCUACGGGAGCGGCAGGAUGGAGGAUCCGGCGGAGGUUUAUAAGAAAAACGCGAUCAACAAGCUCGCCGCGGAUUUGAACGGCGACAUCCGGGAGAUGAGGAAGGGGAGCGAGGGGCAGAUGGAGGGCGCGUUCGGCGCCCAGGCUGUGCUGCGCCGCCGCGAGGAGGUGCUGAGGAAAGGGGUUAAGGAGAUGCAGGAUGAGAAGGAGGCGCUGGAGCAGCAGCUGCAGAUGGUUUUGAUGAAUACGGACGUUCUCGAAGGAUGGUUGAGGGAUAACCAGGGGAAAUUGGAUGGGAGUAAGGCCGAGCACGUCGAUUUGGAUGAGGUGUUCGAGCCGUGUGAUGUGUUGUCGAAGCAGAUGCUGGAUUGCACGGCCUCGGAUAUGGCGGUGGAGGAUACCAUAUAUGCGUUGGAUAAGGCCGUGCAGGAAGGGGCGAUUCCGUUUGAUCAGUACUUGAGGUGUGUGAGGCUUUUGUCGCGGGAGCAGUUUUUUCAUCGUGCCACAGCUACCAAGGUUAGAGCUGUGCAAAUGCAGGCUCAGGUUGCUAGUAUGGCUUCAAGGUCGUCGCCGCAAAAUGCUUUCUCAUGAGCUCAGUUCAGGGUUGCUUGUUGUCUUGUGUGUGCCUUUGUCGAGGCCUGGGGGGGUCUGAUUUUGCGGCACAUGAUGAGAGAGAUUGAAUUAUUAUUGUUCAGAAGUUUUGGUGUUGUUGAAUAUGUUGUGAUGAUACUUGCUUAUGACUUGUAAGUCUUGAUCCUUAGUCCAGUGCUAAUGAGAUGAUAUACUUUCUCUAUGGAGCUAGCAUUUGUUGAUGGAACGAAUUUGCUUCUAUUGUUUUAUGGGAACAGAAUGUACAAUCAUUGAGUGAUAUGUUGAAGCUCUUUUGUUCA